AUUUAAACAAUUUUUUCGAAAGGUAAUUUUCAAUUGAUACCUUGUAAUCGUAAUGCAAACUUUAAAGUGUGUCGUUGUAGGUGAUGGAGCCGUUGGAAAGACGUGCUUGCUCAUGAGCUAUUCCAGCAAUAAUUUUCCUGGAGAGUAUAUUCCCACUAUAUUUGAUAAUUACAAAGCUAUUGUGAGAGUAAAUGACACCUGCGUCCAGUUAUGUUUGUGGGAUACGGCUGGUCAGGAGGACUAUGACAGAUUACGACCACUCUCUUAUCCACAAACUGAUGUGUUCUUGGUGUGUUUUUCCUUGGAAAGUCCAGCUAGCUUUCAAAAUGCUGAACAAAAGUGGUUUCCAGAAAUUAAACAUCAUUGUGCAGAUGUCCCAACUAUAUUAGUGGGAACCAAAUUGGACAUUCGGGAAAACACUACUAAGUCAAAUGCCGACGGAAAACACGUAGAGAAACGAAAGUCAGUCGUGUUAUACAACCAAGGUCUAGCAAUGGCCAAUAAGAUGGAGUGUGUCAAAUACGUUGAAUGUUCUGCAAAGACACAAAAAGGAGUGAAAGAUGUCUUUGACCAAGCCAUUAAGGCAGUGUUAGUUCCGACCAAACCCAAGAAACGAAAACAUAAAAAGUGUCACGAUAUCUUUUUGAUUUGCUUUUCAUUGGAUGACAGUUACAGUUUUCAGAACGUUGAAUACAAAUGGAUUCCAGAAAUACGACACCACUGUCCAUUUGUACCUUUUAUUCUGAUAGGAACAAAAUUAGAUCUGCGAUAUGAAAAUAAAGAUGCAGAGACCGAGCCAUCCACUCAAGAAAAAUCGUUUGUUUCAUACAAAGACGGAUAUUCUCUAUCUAAUAAAUUAAAUGCGGCUGGAUAUAUUGAGUGCUCAGCUCUCACACAGAAAGGGGUGAAAUCUGCCUUCGACGAAGCAGUGAGAACAGUGCUGACAACUACAAACACAAAAAAGGGCAAAACAACGUAUUUAUGCACUUUGUGAUUAUCUGUGACUUUAUCAAUGUUUUACUCGAUAAGACUUUUAUUCUAAAUCUGACACGUGUAAAUGAUUUUCUAAAUUCAAGUAUUAAAGGAUAUUAGGGACGAUCCUUAACUUUGCCGGAUUUGAUAUCACAUACGCAACACGACGGGUACCACAUGUGGAGCAGGAUCUGCUUACCCUUUCGGAUCACUUUAGAUCAUCCCUAGUUUUUGGUGAGGUUCGUGUUG